CGGCUGUCAGGUGCCAGCUCUGGCGCGGUGCUGGCGCGUUUCCGGCACGCUUGCUGAGCCGUCUUGGUGGCGCUGCUGCUUCUGCUGCUUCUGCUUCACCUGCUGCACCUGCUGCAUGGAACUCCUUCACGCCCGCAGUCCUGGCACCGACGCCUUUUUUCUCUCGCUCUUCAGCGACGCCUCCUCACGCCGAUACCUCGCAAAGCUCAUCUCCGAGCUCUUGUUGCUGAACCGCUGUUGCAACAGAGUCGUCUACUUCGACUUGACCAGCUCCUUGGACUUCUUCAAGUUGGGCUCGACGAUCCGGGACAGCUACUCCAAGCUGACUGUCUUCAAAAACGACAAGGACAAAAGCGAACAGCUACUAGAAAUAUUCAGCAAUUUGAACAUAAUCAAGGAAAAUGACUUGUACAGUCUUUACGACAAGCUAAAACUCUUGUACAAACAGAUAUCUAAUGACUCAAACUCAGGUUCAAACUUGAAACUAAUAAUAAUCGAGCCAAUAACUCAUCUAAUUAAAAAUAUAAACGAAAUCAACAGUCUCAAGUCAAUUGAUAGCAAUCAUCAGAACCAUCGUGAUAAUGAUAACGAUAAUGAUAGCGAUAGUGAUAAUGAUGAAGAGUUUGACUUCAAUCUAAAUUUAUCCAUUAAAAUCGAAUUGGAUUUAUACAUUGAUAUCCUAAAAAUUUUAAAAAAGCUAUCAAAGCUUUUAAAUAUAAACAUUCUAUUAUUGAAUAAUGAUGAAUCAAAUAAUCUAUACUUGAACAAUCUAGAUAACAAUUUCAUUGACUCAAAAUUUAAAUUAAAAUCAAAAUCAAAGACAAGCACUCAUAAAAAACAAAAACAUCAAGAAAACUGAAAUUAAAAUAAAAAUUAGAAUUGAAAUUAAAAAUAUUUAAAUUUCGAAAUUUUGAAACUUUGAA